ACUUGUUUACGAAAGCUCUCAUCAAAAGAAGUUGUAGGUUGACCGUUUCCAGUCAUUUGAGACUCAAAAAACCCACUGUGAUGUCCCCGGAUACUUUAGGGUCUUUGCUAUGCGCGUUAAAUGUGGUUGUUUGACACAAUGGGACACCGUACCGUGAAGGAAAAAUAUCCAGAGACGGAAUGAGUGAGUGACAGCAGAGAGAAGAAACGGCGGGUCGACAUACAGCUCACCGGACAAGGUUUUAUUUAACCCACUGUCGGGUUUUAUGUGUCUCGACAAGGAUUGUGACGCCUGUGAGAUUAAUUUCGUCAAGUCUUUUUAAAGAAAUAAACUGAGACCGGAAAUGUAUAUUGAUUUUUCUUCCGUCUAUGAUAAAAGAAACCAUCUUACGCGUUGCGAACAGAGGACUGAAUGAGAUAAAUAUGAAAACUAUUUGGACAAAUUUAAAGUUUGAAUCCCGAAAACAAUUAAAUAUCUUCUCUAUAAAGUGAAUCAUUGUUAAACAGCCAUUUUUUGACUGUUGGGAUGAAUUAUUUUAACGAAGACACAUAUUUUGAAAGGAUUUAAACCGGAAGUUCUUUUAUUUUGUUCUGUGAAACUGGAGUUCGGUUGUGUUGUGUCCGGUGCACGAGGAGGACUGCUCUUACUUUCUUACUAAAUAAUUAUGGAGCUCACGCUGUGUGUCUGCGGAGCGCGCGCCACAUCUCUCCUUUUUAACGCACCUUGUAACCUCGCGCGAGGAGUCUGCAGGUAGCCCGGCACGUGUAGCGGUGGGUGGUGGUUGAGCAGCAUGCCGUCCGAUGUGGAGUACAGCCCGGUGGGAGAGGGGCUGGGGAUGCGGGACUAUUGGGUGUACGUGUGGCUGCGGAGGGCGGCGGUGAUAGCGGCUCAUGUCACCGGAAUAGGACUGACCCUCAUCAUCUCCAUGCUGUCCAGACCCGGUACAAGUGAGUGGGUUUUUAAUGUUUCCAUUAACAGCAACAAAGUACCGUUCAGUAGCUGUCAAUUAUAAGUAACCUAGAUUUAAAUCAUUCAGUUAUUGUUGUAGAUGCUCGAUUUAACACAAAUAAACAGAUGACAUGUUUUUAAAAUCCUCUUAUGUAGUUUUUAGCUGCAUGUGAAGGCUUUAAAAUAGAAGGAACUUUUAUCAACUUCCUUCUCCACUGUUUUUACUACUUUCAAAGUAAACACAAAUACUUAAUAUUAAAUUUAAAAAAAGACCCAUACACGAAAACUACUGCCUAGCAGCGGUCUCUUCUUGAUAGCAACAGUUUGAUGGAAGAAAGAACAGACUGCUGCUAUGGAAUGUUGACCAAUCAGAAUUUCACUUUGUAUCUUACAAUUAUGAAUUUAUAUCUCAUGGUUGACUUUUUCUAUCCAGUUGCAAUUAAAUAUUGUAUAAUAAUCAUGACUUACUUUGUCAUAGUUUUGACUAUUUACUUCAUAAUUGUGACUUUUUUUUUACCUCAUAAAUGCCUUUUCUUAUAAGUAUCAUUUAGUAUCUCAUGACUUCAACUUUCUAUUAUAUCAUCAUGGCUUCACCUACGAGAUAUUAAUUGUGUCGUAAAUAGUGUUGAUCAUGAACAUGUAAUCUGUUUUGUGAUGCAAUUAUUAAGAGUUUUCAACCUCCUACCAUCUUGUGAACAUCUCAGGGGUUUAAUUCAUCAGUGCUUUCGGAAUUUAAAGUCAUCAUAAUAGUAAAACAGCAUUAAUUCCACUCUCAGAAAUCAUUCAAUCUUGAGGUUCUUUUUUGUGUUUUUGUGUAAAAUCAGGAAAACUGCCAUCAAGCUGAUUUCUGUGUAUCAUAGAUAAUGAACAUCUGAUGUGUCAUCUAGUCACUAUGUGUCCUUUCGCAGAUCCUUAAAAAAAUGUAGUAUUUUGUUUAUCAAUUUGUAUGAAUGAAGCCGAAGACCUGCUCAAAUCUAAAAUCUUGUAUUAUUAUUUUUUUAUAUACUUUUGGGAUUGUGAAAGGUUUGACCAGUGUCCCUUUUGUUCCAGGUUUCUUUUCCUGGCAUCCAGUUUGUAUGGCCGUUGCAGUAAGUUCGACACCCCCCCCCCCCCCCCACACACACACACACACACACACACACUUGCACACAGUGUGUUCUUUAAAACUUUAUAUCUUACAAAAAGAUUACGUUUUAUGUAACACAUGGCUGCUUUAACAAGCUAACGGUCCCCUGAUGUUUUUAUUUUACAGUCAAACUUAAUCAGCCUGCAGCUUGCAUGCAGUUUUCUGCUCGUUUAUCCUUUGCUGUGAUUAAAUGUGACAGCACUGUGGUGUCAGUGGCUCUUACAUUUUCCACAGUUCAUUUGAUUUAUGUGCUGUUUGAUAUCUCUUUAUUUGAUCAUGUUAACAAAAUAAUAAGAGAUAAGUGAACAAAACUGCAACACAACAUGAAAGACAGACCAACAGAUGGGCAUACUUCUUCAAGCCCAAACUGAGACAUCAUGCAACAUGAACUCAAGUGUAUUUUGGUUUAGUAUCCACUAUCUGUACAAGUUCCAGCUGACCCUGUUCUAUGUUAGUUUGAUAUAUCAUCCUUCUAUAAUUAUAUUUAAAGAAUAGAGAGGUAGAUCAUUCACAGUAGGGUCUAAAAUGCACACUACACACCAAAAUCGACAAAAAUAACUGUUGCGUUGAGGUGGUUGUAAGUUAUUUCUGCAGAUCCACUUUGAAUAAACAGCUUUAGAUUGACGCUCCUCUAUGCAUGACACGAUGUUAUAUUUAUAUGUUGCAUAAUAUUCACCAAACUGAGUGUCACAGCAUUUUCACAAACUAUUUAGCUGAGCUGUUCACAUGCAUUGUUACUGCUCCAGUGUGAUUACUUCAUUACAGAUCACUACAGAGGGUUUAGUAUUUAUUGGAUGAGAAGGUGUUUCUGAUGUUAGAAAAUUAACAUGGACUCAUAAAAGAGGUAUUUCUCCAGUUAAAUAUUAACUCCUCUGAUUGUACCUAGAUUAGACAUUCAGACUCUCCAGUUUGUCUGUCGUCUUUCCACUGUAAAUAAUAGAUAGGCAGGGUUGGGAGGAGGGAGUGCUAAUGCUAACUAGCCAUAUCAGCUAUUGUGUUACAGGCUGACCAGUUUGUCAGAGAAGCUUCAGGCUCUUUUAUGCCGGCUAUUUCUCUAUCAUGGUGGCACAGCGUGAUCCUUCAGCCAUCACAGUCUGUCAGCCAUGAUGGGGAGCUGUCCACACGUCACACCUCCUCCUGUCAGAGAUAAGACUUUAGUUUGAGUGGCAAACUUUUGAUUGAUGCAGCCGCUUUUCUUUUUACGUUAGACAGCUAUUAUUGAGUCAUUGCAUUGUUAAUUACACACACACACACACACACACACACACACACACACACACACACACACACACACACACACACACACACACACACACGGGAAAGGCUCGCACAAAACAAAUGUCAGACUUUUAGCAGAAAGUUUCUUUGAAAAGUUUAUUCAGUUGCUGCUCAUUUAAAUAUGAAUAGCUUUUGUUGUGAUUGGUACUCAAAGACAGAUGUCCAGAGACAAAAGGAGGAGUUUAAAACAAAAUGAAUGGACAUGUUGUCUGAUGGCUUCAAGAUUAGAGAUGUUAUUUUUCUCCAAAAUCUUGCUCUUGAUUUGACUUGUAAUUUGAAUCUUUAUCCCACAGAAAAUAAACCGUCUUUUGACAGUCAUUGCAUCUGAAAGUUGUGAUUAUUAGACUUUCUGUGGGAUUUAAGAAGUUAAAGGGCUAAUCUCCUUUUCCUUCCUGCAGCGUUUUUGAUGCUUUGCAAUAGGGCCUGACCGAUAUUGAUUUUUUUGGGGCAGAUGCCGAUUAUUAUGGGGGGAAAAAAUCUGAUUACCGAUUAAUCGGCGGAUUUUUAAUUUUUUUUUAUGAAGUUAUAAAAUAUAUACUAUGGCUUCAGCCUGUUGGCCCUGAGGGUUGGCUGCAUAACUUAAUUAGUGCAAAAUAGAUAUCCUGAGAUGCCAAAAGCAUUUCACCUAAAAGUAUUUCAAAAAAUACAUUUUUCUUAUAAACAUAAAUAUAAACUCAAAAUACUUAAAAAAUACUUAAGAAAGAUAUUUAUUGAAGAAAAGCAAAGAUUCUAAACCAAACUCAAAAAUUGAGGUGUAACAGCACAUAAAAUCACAGUUCAGUAUGUACCCCAGUUUUGAAGUCACAGCUCAUUUUCAGUACAGUUAGGGAAACAAACGGUGCAGUUGACCCUAAGGGCCACCGUACCUCCAGGAAUAGGAGGGUUUUUAGGGUCAUGUUGAUCUUGAUUCUGUUGUUUCUGUGCUAUUUGGGCUGUAACCAUGGAGGCUACAAAAUGUCCAGCUGCAGGCGACUGCUCAGCAACAGCGUGUUGACUCUGGUGUCUCAUUUUCUCCACGACAAAGCAGCCAAAGACGGAGCGGGUCGAAAUUCAGCCUGAGAGAGUUUUUAGAUCUUACUUUUGACUUCCGUCAUUGAUUUCUAUGUCGGAUACGUCAGUAAAUAAAAGUGUGUAUAAAAUGAAAUGGUAAAAAGCCAUAGAAUAUGGAAAGACAAAACUUCAACAACAUCAGCUGCACUAUUCAACUUAAUAGAAACAGUACACAUUUAAAAUUGGAGAAGAAAGGAUUAAACAUGUUUAUUUUCCUUCCCCUUAUCUAAUUCACUGUCGUAACACUCUUGAACAACAGCAUACACAUAAGGGCACAUUACUUCAUUCUUUAGUAGUUUCUUGUAUCCACCUGCUGUUUCAAAUCCCCUUUCUCUCUCCCCUCUCCCCCUGCAGUACUGCUUCUGUAUGACUGAGGGCAUCCUCCUCUUCUCGGCUGAAGGAUCCCCCUUCUGCUUCAAAUCCAGGAAGAAUAAAGUCUGUCUCCACUGGUUCUGUCAGGCCCUGGUUCUGAUCCUGGCGACCACAGGGUUGUGCUUCAUGGUGGCUAGUAAGAACGUGUCAGAGCUCCCCCACCUGGUCAGCUGGCACAGUGUGCUGGGCGUCAGCACCUUAGCGGCUACUGUGCUCCAGGCGGCGUUUGGUAUCUGUGUGAAGUUCCCAAAGCUGCUCCGUCGCUCCUCAUCCUCUCCGCCCAGAUUAAAGCUGUACCACGCCACCUGUGGCCUAGUGGUCUACCUGCUGGCUACAGUCACUGUGGUGAUGGCCAUGUUUUCAGACUGGUUCCAGGCCACAGUCAGAGGGGUUGCCUGGUGGGUCUUCCUGCUGCUGCCUCUUUUCCCCGCCUUGGUGGUGAUGAAUCAGAUCACUAACGCCUACCUGCCCCGCAAGAAGAUCACCAGCUAGAUGAUGCAUAGCAUGAAGCUCUCAGCAGCCAUGUUGGAUUUACCUCGCACACAGAAGUCAGAGUCCUCCAUGAAAGCUGAUGAUGCCAUAACUCGAGCAAAAAAAAAACACAAUAACAUUCACGCUGUUACCCCCACAAAAAACAUGGAAAAGAGAGACUAAAACACACCAGUUACUGAAGCCUGAAAAACCUCACCUGUCAAGGUUAAAGGUCUAGUUAGUGUCAUAGACUGUGUGAAAUAAGUGAAUGUCGCCACAGUUAUGCCAUCCAUCCGUGUGUUUGGCAUUGUGGUCAUCACCAUGUUUUAUUUUUUAGUACUUAAUCAAGAGUCUGGUGCUGGACAGCAGCAAGGGUUUAAGAUAUCAAACUAAUCUCAAAGGCUUGUGCUUGUUUAGCAAACGAAGCAUACAGCAACGGUGUGCACCACUUUUAAAAAGAUUUUAGGCAGCCAAAUAAAGCUUUGAAUGAAACCUAUUAAUGAUUAACUUAAGAAAAAAGCUCUGAGAAUGAACUUAAGUGCAAUGGAAAAAUGCUAAACAUGCUUUAUCAUAAAAUGUAUUCUAAUUGAAACUAUCAUGCUGAGCUAAAGAAGGGAUUUGAACCCGUUUUUUUUUUUUUAAAACAAUAUUUACUGAGGUUGUGACUUCACUGAGAAAGGGGCAACUUAGUCAUGUAGUAUCAUACAAUAGAACCAUAGACUGUAUAUAGAAUGGACAGUGUCUGCCUCCUCGCUGGGUGAAGCCACUUCGAGAACAGCACCCUCUGUUGACGGGCUGCAGUAUAGGUCAUAAAUCCCGCCUCUGCCAGCAAAGCUUAUGGGGCUGUGGACAAACUUUAGAAAUUAAUUACACGGAAUAUAAAUUUUUCUCCUCCCUGCUUGUGAUGUUGACAUGUAGUUAUUGUAAGACUGGUUUGUGCUCAAGUCCUCUUUUUUUCUGUGAAGCUCCGUUUUUAAAAGUUAUAAGGGGGUUCAGGUUUUCUUUGAUUGACACCUAAUACAGCCUAUUGGCGUUCAGGGAUUGCGUAGCUCACCCGGGGGAUACGCUGUUUGAGCCGAGCGUCAUCACAGCGACUCUCCCACCAAAAGCGCACAACACUACUGCGCAGCGCUGGUUUCAGGAAAUGAAGAAAAAUCCCAGAAAUCAAUCAGUCAAAUCAAAUUUUAUUUAUACAGCGCCAAUUCACAACAGUCGUCAUCCCAAGAUGCUUUUCAAAGAACAAGAGCAGGUGUAGACCACGCUCAUUGGUUGAUGAAUCAUCAAGACCCAACCUAAGAUGGGAUUUGGCCCAUCUCAUCUAACAUGAGUAACAGUGGCGAGGAAAAACUUCCUUUUAACAGGCAGAAACCUUGAGCAGGACCAGGCUCUCGAAAUACCAUGAGCUUUUUGGCUUCAAGUCCGUAUACUGGCGGGAAGCGGAACCAAAUUGUCCAUAGUGUAUACAGUCUAUGGUUCUGACCUUAAAGCUCUUGUGAGGAAGUUUGCGCAGUCUCUGACAUCUCCCUGUGAAGACUGUUUUGCAACUGUCUACUGUUUCUGAAGUGCACUUUAAUCUCCACAACUGACAGCUAGACCCCAGCAGCCAUGAUGGACAUUAAAAAUAGUUAAACUUGUUUCCAAAUACCCUGGUUUCUUUUUGUAGAUUAUAGAGAGGUACCAGCAUCCAUGUCACAACCUGCUGAAACCUCCUCACAGGAGCUUGAAGGGUGGGUCCAUUUCUUAUGUACAGUCUUUGCUUCAAACCAGCACCUAGUGGCCAGUAUAAGAACUGCAGCUUUAUGGUUUUGCAUUAAUGACGUCCUCAUGCCCUGACGGAAACAAGAAGCACAUAGAAAUUGACUUAUUAUCAGAGCUUGGUCAGUGGGAGAUUUUUUAGAUAAGUGUUUGGAAAAUUAUGACAGAUUACCAAUGUGGUGACUAAAGAAGUGGAUUUUCUGUGCUGGGAUGAAAAAAGACUUCUACUUUGUUGCUUUUGUACAGAUUUUGCUGUGAUAUGACUUUGCACAAUUACUCAGAGGACUGCUGUUAUAGAUCACUUGGUUAAAGGAAUAUUCAACAUUAUUUUAGGGUUAUGGUCAGUAGUUUGGUGCAGACCGCAGUCAUGACACUCUGUAUUAUGUGCUGUAGACAGUGCUGAGAGCAACGUCAAUGACUGAGUCCAUGUGCAACAUGAAUAUUGUUACACAGAAAACUGCAAAACAUGUCUGAUCUUUACCGUAUUUUGCUUAGAUAGUAUCAGCCAAUAUAUGAGUCAAGCACUACCAGUGUUACUAUGCAGAAGAUAUGGAUGACCACACUGACCGUGUAUUAAAGAGGAGAGUUUGGUGAUUUUUAAAGACUACUGAAAGCCAGCACAUACUGAGGGCUCGUGCAUAUUAAUGUAUUUGUGUGUUUCUUCUCCAUGGGAAUAUUUGCACUACAUGAGCAGCUAAAGUCUCACAGAACGUAUAUAAACUGAUAUAUGAAGCUCCUACUGCUGAUUGUGUGAUGACACAGAUGAAUGAGGAUGUUCCAGCUUAAAUAUUGUAUUUAUUUUUCCUUUUCUCAUAACUUUGUGUUGUACAUUUUGCCUGCUAAGAGGUGCAUACAUGUAGCAUAUUUGCGUUGAGGUUCAUUCAACAUGUUUCUAGAACAAUGUUGGAUGAAUUGUUUACGAUCAGAGAUUUAUGGACUUUAAUGGAUUUAAGACUUUGAGGCUGUUAUUAUAUGUAAAUGUUCAAUAAUUGGAUGGAAAACAGCUAUAGAGAAAUAAGUGAAUAUCUACAUCUAGCACCUCUGGGUCAUGAGCUUCUAUUACCAUUUCGCCUGUGUGUGCAUGUGACCUCGUCUGUCUCCUACGCUGUUUUCUUUACCACCCUCUUUGUGUCUUGUUUACUUGAUUUGUGUGAAAGAAAAGGUUAAUCAAAAUUUGUAUUACUUAACUAUAGAAGGGAAAAGUUUAAAGAUUUCCUCUGUGAAGUGGAAUUGUAAUGCCCUCAAAGACCCGCUCCACCAUUUAAAGAUUCAAGUCAAUACCAUGUUGUUAGAAAGAGCUACAGCUGUGUCAAGUAUGUAUCUCUGUAAAAUAGUCAAUUUACUUGAUGACUUGAUGUUUAACCAGUGAAGGUAGUUUCACCAGAUUCAAAAAAACAUAAUUCAUCAAAAUCUCAUCCAAAUGGUGAGGGAACGGCCUUCUUUACAGACAGACAGCAAGCUGAUAUUAACUGUGGUAUUUUUGCCUCGAUUUGAUCCAUUUUGCAGGAGCCGUUAGCAACCGUGUAAUAACGAUUAUGUGACGUAGCGAAUAGCAACAGACAUUAAACCAUACAGCGGCAGCAAAGGAAAGAAUGUACCUUUCCCAUUGAUGGACACUGUAUUAAAUGUUUGGCCUUCGUUUACUGAAAAUAUAGCAGCCAGUCGGUUCGAAACAGCCGCCAGAGUGGCUCUAACAGAUCCUCUGGCAAUGGAGGCUGCCAUCUUGUCUCCUACGAUGUCAUCUUAAAUAAUAGUCCGUGAUUGGGUUGUUACCACGGUUUCAAGCCCACCUGUCCAUGAACAUGAAUACAAGCUGGCUGAGAGGGUAGUGACAUUAUUCUAACCAUUUUUUUCUCAAUUUAUAGAAAUGUUUGACCUGCUACUGAAAAUAAAUAGUCAAAACGAUAACUACAUUGGGACCAUAAGAAGGGCCUAGGUUCUUCAUACUGAUAUGAAAGCCCAAGUUUUUAAUUUAAUGAGAGAAUUAUGAGUCAAAAUCAGAUUAAUUUUUACUCAUCUUCUGUUAGUAUAGAUAACUGUAAUGCAGUGCUCACAACAACAACAACAAUAAUCUCUGGAUUAAAAAGUGGAACCCAGUGUGAGUUUAAAUAAACCUUAUGUGUGUACCACAAACUUCUUUGAACACUCUAAUUUUCUCUUUCAGGCAGACUCUUUGCUCAGCUUUUUUCUCAGGACUUUUCUGUAUGAGUGGACUCAGAGUGUUACUGAGGAUCCAGAGUGUGAGUUUGGGGUCUAGUAUUUAUAUGAUAUGUGUCUGCUACCUGUGAACCUUCUGUAAUAAACGAAUUUGAAAACUACA